AUGCGGUUUUUACCAUCGUACCUUGUUAUCUUGCUCAUCAUAUGCACAGUCUUCCUUUUAACUAGACGAAACUCUGGCAUUGACACAGUUGAAAUUGGUGAUGAUGUAUCUGGAAAUGUUCGGGGGAAGUCGUCUGAACAGGAAGAUAAAGCACCUUGUAGACAACCCGUGGAGACUAGAUCAAAUAACAAGGAUCGACGAGACCAACUGAAACGCACUUAUCAGGGACCAGAGACUGUACAAUCUUCACAUUUAGCUCAACAGGCUACACUUGAAGAUCCUUUGGUACUUGCCGAAGUUUCUUACUCAUCCCCUUUUGAUGAAGGAUCGAUAGGUGGCCAUGUAGAUGUCCCACCUCAGGCAUCUCCUGAAGAGCCAUCCACUAACGAGGAUUCUGAAGAGAAUGAGCUAAAGGAUAAUGAACCAGAAGAACCUAAAGAGGAAGCCUCUAUAGAAGCUCUUCUGGACCUGCUAGAGCAUAUUCCAGAACAUCCUCAAGAGUUUGAAGAUGAGGAUGAGGACCCAGAAUUUCACAACGAUGAUGAUUUCUGGGAUACUCCUGACGACUACUCUGAAAGGCAAGAUGAUACCCAAGACGAACCAGAUGGACUUGUAAUUGAUGAUGAGGAUCCAGAGGAAGCUUAUGAGGAUGAUAGUCUUAAAAGUGCUCCUGAGACUUCUACUAAAUCACGAACACGUUCCGAAGGUGUUAGAGAUACUGAAGGACAAGGAGACUCUGAGGAAUCUGAAGAACAAUCUUCUAAUGAGGGAUCUCUAGAAUCUGUGGAUUUACCAAAGGUUUUAUCAGAGGCUACUAAACCAGAACAUUCGUCAGGAGAUAGAGAGGAGAGUGAAUCUGUGCCAACUCCUGCUGAAGAACAUAAAGAUAAUCUUGGAGGUGGUACAGAUUCCUCUCAAAUUCCAUUACAACAGGUUGAUUUCGUAGCUGACUACAGGUCCAAGGUAGAUGUUGCUCUCUUUGAUUUAGAAGAAGCAGAGGAGGAUAAUGUUAAAGUUCUUAAACUAAAGGCUAGGGACGGAGCUGUUGCCAAGAGGGUGAAGUAUGAUGGAGAGGAGAUAUGGUCCGGAGUGAGAAGAUUUUCAACAUUUCUCUGUUCUUAUGCUGUCUUGUAUAUGGAUGGAGACAGGCCCACUCUUGCCGUUAUAAAAACAAAUGGUUUAUGUAAUACUGAACCCACAGUCUACAAGUACUAUGAUGGUACUAAAUGGCAGAGUCAUGAUGCGUAUUGGCAUAAAAAUGAACUUGAGGCUUUAAAGGAGAAGUAUAGACCUACUAAUCCCAUUACUCUUGAUCUUCCUAAUAUAGAUGUCUCAAAGAUAAAUGUAGAGACAAAGGAAGACAACGGAGUGACUGUUAAGGAGUUUUCUCCAAAGGAUGACUUCCACAUAUCCUCUGUUAUGGAUUCUUGCAAGGAGCUAUGGACUGCUGGAGCUGGUCAAAAGUGUUUCCUUGUAGAACAUUACGAAAAGAAUAAUGUGGCAAUUCUUUACCUGGAGACUGAUGAUGGUAAUGAUACCAAGUCCAAGUACUUUGAGAAAGUUGGUAAUGAAUGGAAGAAUAUUGGCAAGGAAUUAUUUAAUGAGAAGGCAAAGACAAUGAUUAAAGAAUCUGUAGGAUCGACCAGUGACACUCCUCAGGAUACUCAUCUAGAUACUUGCCAAUCCUUUGAAUAUCACCAUGAUGACAGUCACAUUAAACUAGUCCUUCCACAAGGAGGUGUGAUAGUGACUAAAUUGUUAGAGUCCAGGUCUACAAUAUGGACAGGUAAAACCGGAGAAGUCUUGGAAUACGCCAAAGUCUAUCUUAAAAAGGACGGUAAACCUGAGUUUGUUAGAGUUUGGAAAAAGGGUUACUCAGGUAUAAACUGUUUGAACUAUACAAAGAAUAUUUUAAAUAAUUGGUCAAAAUUCACUGGAAAUAUAAACGACAAAAUAAAUCCACUUAAGGUUGCCACGGAACACAAGGGGGACUUUAUUAUAGACUUGCAGAAUGAAGAAGAUACGGAUGAGUGCAGAAUCUUUGAGGCAGAAUUACUGGGUGUUACCACUAGACACUUUUAUCCCAAACCAGGUUAUUAUGCUACUGAGGUCAAGGAUGGUGAUGAGUCCCUCUGGAAAGCCUCUGAAAGUACAGAUGAGAAAUGCUUAUCCUGUGACGUUUACACCAAGGAUGAAGAAAGAAUCCUCUAUUUAAGCAAAAGGAAAAAUGGCAAAAGGGAUGAUGCUUCCUUUGAGUUUUCUGAUGGAGAAUGGAAGAACAUUACUGAGAAGGAAUUUAAUGAUAAGAUGAAUGAACUCAAGGUUCAAUCAAGCAGUAUUCCCAUUAGUUUCACCCAUUUACGCGUGGUAUAA